GCAAAAAGACCGGGUCCAUUCUCGCUCACCCAAAAAUCCCAGACUCUCAAAAAGACGCAGCGAAGCGAGCCAACCACAGAGAUAUUUUUCGCAUUAAUAGAUACAACACAAACUCAACACGGUCACACACACACUCUAUCAUAUACAGUUACUAACUUACUAUUAUGCGCCGGUGGUGCGCAUGGAGAUAACGUACGCAUCGCCCAGCGCUCCGAACCUCGCGGAUUCCGGCGACUCGAAUUCCAACAGUUCGAUGGCGACGACGUUGACCCGACCCGUCAAGAUCAUUCCCUUGCUGCACCCGAACACGGCGAGUUCGAGUUCGGGUUCGGGCUCGGGUUCGGGUUCUUUUCUUAGCGCGCUUUUCUCGAAGUGGAAGACGAAGGUUCGGCGAAUGAGUUGGCACAAUUGGAUCGAGCUCUUCCUCCCUUGUUACCGUUGGAUUCGGACUUACAAAUGGAGAGAGUACUUGCAAGUCGAUCUCAUGUCCGGUACCACCGUCGGCGUCAUGCUCGUCCCGCAGGCAAUGUCUUAUGCAAAAUUAGCUGGGCUUGAUCCAAUAUAUGGACUUUACUCUGGUUUUGUGCCUUUAUUUGUGUACGCCAUCUUUGGGUCAUCUCGUCAGCUUGCAGUUGGUCCUGUGGCCCUGGUUUCUCUCCUGGUCUCCAAUGUCUUAGGUGGAAUUGUUGAUUCAUCUGAUGAGUUAUACACAGAACUUGCAAUAUUAUUGGCGCUUAUGGUUGGGAUACUGGAAUGCAUAAUGGGGCUCUUAAGGCUGGGGUGGCUUAUUCGUUUCAUCAGCCACUCUGUAAUUUCUGGCUUUACAAGUGCUUCAGCUGUUGUAAUUGCCCUAUCUCAAGCAAAAUACUUUCUGGGCUAUGAUAUAGUACGGAGUAGCAAGAUUGUGCCAUUGAUUGAGAGUAUCAUAGCUGGAGCAGAUGGGUUUUCAUGGCCCCCUUUUGUAAUGGGAUCCAUCAUUCUUGCGAUACUUGUGAUCAUGAAGCACCUGGGAAAAUCAAGGAAGUACUUGCGAUUCCUUAGAGCUGCAGGUCCCCUCACAGCAGUCGUUUUGGGCACAACUUUUGUGAAAAUAUUUCAUCCAGCUUCCAUAUCUUUGGUAGGAGAUAUACCUCAGGGCCUUCCAAAAUUUUCUAUACCUAAAAGUUUUGGGUAUGCAUUGUCUUUGAUUCCUACUGCAGCUCUCAUCACUGGUGUAGCUAUACUGGAAUCUGUGGGGAUUGCAAAAGCAUUAGCAGCAAAGAAUGGGUAUGAGUUGGAUUCAAAUCAAGAGUUGUUUGGUCUUGGAGUAGCCAACGUUAUUGGUUCAUUCUUUUCAUCAUACCCCACCACAGGUUCCUUUUCCAGGUCUGCUGUGAAUCAUGAAAGUGGAGCAAAAACUGGCUUAGCUGGAAUUGUUACAGCAAUCAUAAUGGGCUGUGCCCUUUUAUUUUUGACUCCAUUGUUUGAAUAUAUACCCCAGUGUGUUCUCGCUGCCAUUGUGAUCUCUGCUGUAAUGGGUCUGGUGGAUUAUAAUGAGGCUAUUUUUUUAUGGCGAGUAGAUAAGAAAGAUUUUCUUCUUUGGACCAUUACUUGCAUUACAACAUUGUUCCUUGGUAUUGAGAUUGGUGUCCUUGUUGGGGUUGGUGCUUCGCUUGCUUUUGUUAUCCAUGAAUCAGCAAAUCCACAUAUUGCUGUCUUGGGCCGUCUUCCUGGCACCACUGUUUAUAGAAACAGUAAACAGUAUCCUGAAGCAUAUACAUACAAUGGAAUUGUGAUUGUUCGGAUUGAUGCUCCUAUAUAUUUUGCAAAUAUUAGUUACAUAAAAGACAGGCUACGGGAAUAUGAAGUUGAUGUUGAUAGAUCUACCAGUCGUGGGCCAGAAGUUGAAAGAAUUUAUUUUGUCAUUAUAGAGUUGGCACCUGUGACAUAUAUAGACUCCAGUGCUGUUCAGGCUUUGAAGGACUUGUAUCAGGAGUACAAAUUACGGGACAUCCAGAUUGCCAUUUCCAAUCCAAACCGCGAAGUUCUGCUCACCUUAUCUAGAUCUGGUGUUGUAGACCUGAUUGGUAAAGAGUGGUACUUCGUGAGAGUGCAUGAUGCUGUUCAAGUAUGCCUUCAGCAUGUUCAGAGCUUAAAAGAAACGUCUAAGACACCAGGUCCUUUACUUGAUGAUAAGCCGACCUUGUUUCAGAGGUUAUUGAGACAGAGAGGGGAGGAUGUGUCAGUUUCUGUUUUGGAGUCGGGCAGCCAAAAUCCUUUAACUUCGAAGGACAGUGACCCUCAAUUGGAGCCAUUGUUAUCUCGGAAGUCAUGAGAAUUGCUUGAUUAAUCAAAUAUAAAUAAUGCCAAUAUUUUUGCAAGGCAGUGCUUGUAAUUGGUAUGAUCAGAUUUUUAAAUUGUUUCUUGUAAUUAGGCUCUUUUGUUGUAAAGUAUAAUACAAACAACUGUGUAUGAACUUCAACUCUUAGAUAUAGAGAGGGAUUGGGGAAGGUGAGGCUACCAUAGUGUGUAGCUCUUUAGAAUUCUUGUAUGUAAUUCACAUUUAUCUAGGUUGCAUUGCUCCUCUCCCAUCUGUAUGUGCUUUUAUGACUGCAAGGUUUGUAUUUCACAUUCAAAAUAAGCCUCAUUUACGAAA